AUGGACCAUGAACGCAAGGGAUUCGAGGACGCUUCGGAUCCCACUUUCUGUGAACGAUGCGUGGAUAUGUGUUCAGCGAUACAAAGAUAUUUGACCGGUGAGGAGGAAGUCCGCCUCGCAGAAAGACUGAUCAUGGUGUCAUCGGAGAUGGCCAGCGAAGUUUCGUACCCAACAGAGUACGAAGAAGUGGUUGUCAAAGUAAACUGUAGCGUUCGGGCAUUAACGAUUUCAUUUUGCGCACUUUGUCGAUUGAUAGGAACAGCAAUCUAUGAAAGAGAAGGAGCCUGUUACGACCAGGGACUAAGUACGCUUGAAUUAGAAGCAUCCUCCAUAAAAUGGUCUCGGUGUGACAAUAUCUGGGGAAGUUUCGAGUAUGCAUUCGAAAAUGAGUAUGGAUUCGACAAUGAGGCUCUGUGGACGUCUCUUCCUGGUCUGGAACUAGCCAUUGGAGCCAAUCACUAUGACACUGCUGAGUUCUGUUCCCCGAUGUGUGAUCUCGACUUAGUCAGAAGCUGGAUUGGUCGUUGUGCAGAAUCCCAUGAUCUCUGUCAUUUAGAGCAACAGCGACCAUUGCGCGAUCUCAGAGUCAUUGAUUGUUUCCAGAGCAUCGUUAUUCCAGCGCCAGACGACUGCCAAUAUGUGGCAUUAUCUUACGUGUGGGGCGAAGCCGGAAACAUGUUGCUGCAAGAAACUUCCAAGUUACCAACUAAGCUACCGGCUACGAUAGAAGAUAGUAUUACUGCUACGCGGCGUCUUGGUUAUCGAUACCUUUGGGUGGACAAAUACUGUGUGCACCAGCAGGAUUCCAGCGACAAGCAUAUUCAGAUUCAGCAAAUGGAUGUUAUAUAUGCCUCAGCUCAGAUCACCUUGAUUGCAGCGGCUGGCGAAGACUGCGCGUACGGUUUACCCGGUGUAGGACGGGAACGAAAGUUAUCUGACUUAGUCGUCACCAUCGACUCUAUUACCGUAACAUUGGAACCAGAUCCUGUGGGUCGUCACAUCGCUAAAUCAAAGUGGUCGAAUCGUGCAUGGUGA